AUGCAUGACAAAUGUGGUGAUCAGUCAAGAGGAGAGCAGAGCUCAGUGAAGGCUGUGAUAAUAGGUCCGAGUCAGUACCAAGCAGCAAGAAGCCAAGUGAAGAAAAUAGGGGAACAAGGGUCAGAAACUCAGCCAGAUGUCUGGAUGCUAAAAGACCAGACUGCCUGCAGCAGCGAGAGCUCCAUUUUAGGAGGAACUGCUGCUACAUGCCCCUACUCUGUGCCAGGCUCCGAGUUAGCCUGGUCAGUAAGAAGAAUAAGAAAGCACAGUCCCUGCUGUGGAGGAAAUCAGUUUAAGUGGGAGAAGUGCGUGUUUGAGCAAAAAUCAUCUGGAAAAGCCCUGUUUAACCUGAGUUGUAGCCACCUCAAUCUUGCUGAAAAGGAAUAUUUUGGAUUAGAAUUCUGCAGCCAUUCUGGAAAUAAUGUUUGGUUGGAACUUCUGAAGCCCAUAACAAAGCAAGUAAAAAAUCCUAAGGAGGUUGUUUUCAAAUUUAUGGUGAAAUUUUUCCCAGUGGACCCCGGGCAUCUUCGGGAAGAACUUACAAGGUAUCUUUUUACUCUUCAGAUAAAGAAGGAUUUGGCUGUAGGAAGGCUUCCAUGCAGUGACAACUGUGCAGCGAUGAUGGUUUCUCACAUCUUACAAUCAGAACUGGGAGACUUUCAUGAAGAAACAGUUAGGAAACAUCUGGCACAAACCCGAUACUUACCAAACCAAGACUGUUUAGAGAGCAAGAUUGUGCACUUUCAUCAGAAGCACAUUGGGAGGAGCCCAGCUGAAUCUGACAUUCUGCUACUGGAUAUUGCGAGGAAGCUGGAUAUGUAUGGCAUUAGGCCUCACCCUGCCAGUGAUGGUGAAGGGAUGCAGAUUCACCUGGCUGUUGCCCACAUGGGAGUGCUGGUGCUGCGGGGAAAUACCAAGAUCAAUACUUUUAACUGGGCUAAAAUCCGCAAGUUGAGUUUUAAAAGAAAGCAUUUUCUCAUCAAACUUCAUGCCAACAUCUUGGUGUUGUGCAAGGACACUUUGGAGUUCACCAUGGCCAGCCGAGAUGCUUGCAAGGCUUUCUGGAAGACUUGUGUGGAGUACCAUGCUUUCUUCAGGCUUUCUGAAGAGCCCAAAUCAAAGCCCAAAACCCUACUUUGCAGCAAGGGUUCCAGCUUCCGUUAUAGUGGGAGAACCCAAAGGCAACUUUUGGAAUAUGGGAAAAAGGGGAGGUUGAAGAGCUUACCAUUUGAAAGGAAACAUUACCCAUCUCAGUACGACGAAAGACAGUGCAGGUCCUCACCGGACAUACUCUCUGAUGUAUCAAAACAGGUGGAAGAUUUGAGACUAGCACCUGGCGAUGGGUACUACCGAAAUGUGAACGGAGCACACACCUCUGAGCCUGUGCGGGACAGCAGGAGGAGGAACUCUGCAGUAGAGGUGACAUUUGCAGUUGAGCUGGAACAUUCUAAACCAGAGGCAGAUCCAAUAUUGUUACAUCAGUCCCAAAGCAGCUCCUCUUUCCCUUUUAUUUAUUCAGAUUCUGUUUUUAACACUGACCCUGAUCCAGACCCCAGAGACUUCUUUGAGGAAAGGACUCCUCUAAGCUCUUUCCAAACAAGCUCUAAGUUUGCUGACAAUCACUUAAGCACAUCUUCUGGCCUCACAAGCAAAGUAAGUCCAGCAAGGCAGCUAUUUUACACAGAUGUGCCCUAUAUUCCUUGUACUAGCCAGCAGGUUGAUAUCAUGGCUCCCCAAGUCUUCUUUUAUGUGGACAAGCCACCCCAGGUACCCAGACGGUCUCAACUGAUGGCAGAGGAAAAGGUAAGACCAGACAGCUAUAUAGAGCCUACUGCAAUAAAGACUACCAAAAGAAGUCCACAGAAUAUCAGACUGAAGAGCUUUCAGCAAGACCUCCAAGAACUCCAAGAAGCUAUGGCGAGGACUAGUGGUAGGAACAACAUCAAUGUAGAUCUAGAAGAAGAAGACCCAAAUUUAGAAGAUGCAUUUGCAUAUAAUAUUCAAGAGCAAACCCCUAAAUGGUCUCAGAGCCAAUCAGACAUGAAAACCAUUCGUUUUCCUUUUGGGUCAGAAUUUAGGCCUUUAGGACCUUGUCCUGCUCUGAGUCAUAAAGCAGACCUGUUCACAUGUAUGUUUGCAGAGCAGGAAUUCCCAGCAGUUCUAAUGGAUCACACUGCAGCAGAAAGGUAUAUAGCUAGUGAAUCCAGCGAUUCUGAGUCCGAGAUCCUUAAACCAGACUACUACUCUUUGUAUGGCAAAGGAAUAAAGUCACCCAUGGCCAGAAUCCGCUUGUCCUCUGGUAGCCUGCAGCUAGAUGAAGAAGAUGAAGAUGCUUCUUUCAGCACACCAACUACUGAAGACAGGACUUUGCUAAAACCAUGUAAUUACUUCUUAGCUUAAAAGCGUGGACUCUAUGAACAUUUUCAAGCCAGUUCCAUGUCACAAUUUCAGAUUUAAAAAAAUAAGCAACUUAUUUAUAAAUCAUUUUCUAAGCCUCUCUUCAUUGGUGUUAAGGGAAUCUUCUAAUUUUGGGUGCCUGGCUUAUGAAAGAUUCAGCUGCCAUUCAGUCCCCUACCUUCACACUUCUAUUCCCUCUGAACAUGCCCUCUCCUCUCCAGCAGUGUGGCAGGGUUGAGAAGUAUUUGUCAUCUCUAUUUUAUACAUCUUCAUAGAAACAGUAUAAAUGAAGGGCAGAUUCUUCAAUACUGAAGAAUGGUAACAGGAUGGGUUGGCAUAGGGAAUUGGCUUCUAACAACAUUUUGUGAUUUGGUAGACUGUGACUGUGUUGGUCAUUUUGUACUUAAACAGUUCCUCCUACAAUGUCAGGAACAAGAUGGUAGCAGAGAUCCUCUCAACACAACACGUGUUUAGAAUUAAUAUUGUACUUGGCAGAAUUCUAAGCCCACGAAAUUCAUGAAGAAGGUCAGUUUUUAAAGCCAGAUAUAUGCCUGAUGGGGAUAUGAUAUCUGAUUUAUAACUUCUCUAUUCUUAACUAUCUAUGUACUGAAAGAGAAAAGUUAACAGGUCCAUUUGCUGAUUGAAUCUCUCCUGCCAGAAUUUAUUUUUGUCAUAUCUUAUUGCAUGCUUGUAGGCAAGGAAAUGAGAUGCUAUUUUA